AUGUCUACUAUAGUCCAAAUGACUGUACUUGUCCUCUGUGCCUCUGGCACCACCACUAUCAGCACCACCACCACCACCACCACCAAGCCCCUGGGGGAUUUUAUCGCCCCCGGCGGGUAUGUUGGGAUCGGCAUCGCGGCCGGCCAUGCCUUGGGCGCCCUCGCCCUCUUCAUCAAAACAAAGAUGAAGGAAAGAAAGGAAAAGAAGGACAGAGAGACGGCGGAAGAGGGCAUCCCUAAGAUGAAGGGAAAACUGGAUAUGUGA